CUGGUAAAUCGACAUUGUUGGACUUAUUAGCUGGUCGUAAAGAUCCAAAAUUUGUUUCUGGUCAAAUGUAUUUGAAUGGUAGACCGGGAGAGAUUAAAUAUGUAUCGACCUAUGUUAUGCAAGAUGACGCUUUAAUGGGUGUUUUGACCGUUCGCGAGAAUAUUCAGUUUGCUGCUGAUUUAUGUUUUCCAUCAACGGUGUCAGCAGCUGAAAGACGCGCACGUGUUAAAGGAAUUAUUGAAGAAUUUGGACUGGAUAGAGUUGCGGAUUCAAAAAUAGGAACUGUAUUUGUACGUGGUGUUUCUGGCGGUGAAAAACGUCGUGCAUCAAUCGCUACUCAAGUAAUUACAUUACCAAAAGUGAUUUUCCUCGAUGAGCCAACAACCGGUCUCGAUUCAGCUGCCGCGUAUAAUGUGAUGAAAGCGAUUGUUAAUAUGGCACGAAGACACAAGCUCACUGUGAUUGCCAGUAUUCAUCAACCAUCAACUGAAACGUAUGAACUUUUUGACAAAUUGUGUUUAAUUGGUCGUGGACGUGCACUUUUCAUGGGUAACCGAGAAGAUGCCCUAAGUUAUUUCGAAGGAUUGGGUCACGUGUGUCCAGCAUAUUCAAAUCCUGCCGAUCAUUUUCUUCGCCUUGUCAACUCAGAUUUCAUGACUGAUAAAGAUAAAGCCCAAGAAAUCAUGACAAAUUUUAUCGAUUCGUUCGAGUCAUCAGAAGAAAAUAAAAAAUUGAUUUACAAUAUUCGUGAAUUAAUUGAAGAACAUAAAAAUGAUGUAGACACCAGGAAGAUUUCUUCACGAACAACAAAUCGAUAUGCUCGUAAUUUCUUUGCACAAACCGGAUUUCUAGUAGCGAGAUCUUUCAAAAAUGCUAUGAGAAAUGUAUUAAUGUUUUGGAUUCGAGUAGCAAUGUAUGUGUGUUUAGCUCUAUUGAUGGGAUCAACUUGGUGGCAAGUUGGAUUUAAACAAGAAGAUAUUCAAAAUCGAUUUUCAGCACAUUUCUUUUCAGUCGCGUUUUUGGCAUUCAUGAGCGUUGCUGGAAUUCCUGGUUUCCUUGAAGAACGUCUGGUGUUCCAACGAGAACGAGCUAAUGGGUUUUAUUCUGUUGGCCCUUACGUCUUGGCAAAUACCAUCAUAUCAAUUCCAUUUGUCUUUAUCAUUGCCCUUUCGUUCACCAUCGUUGCUUAUCCUAUGAUUGGCUUGAAUUCCGGAUUCGUCAAUGGUGUAUUAUUCUGUGUUUUCCUUUUCCUUGCGUUGGUUGUCGCCGAAUCGAUGGUCGUAUUUAUUGCAGCCGUAAUUCCGAUCUUUGUGGCCGCGCUUGCAAUUGCCGCUUUCGCAAACGGAUUCUUUAUGGUUGUUGAGGGAUACUUUGUAAGACGUGAUUCGAUCCCAAAAGGAUGGAAAUGGGCUCAUUAUAUUGAUUAUCAAAAAUACGCAUUCGAAGGAAUCAUACAAAAUGAUUUUAUCGGUUUGACUUUCGAUUGCACCAAGCUUGAUUCAAAUGGAACAGGCCCGCAGUAUAACUGUUAUUAUGGCGAUAAAAGUGGUCAGUCAGCCACCUUUACUGGUAAAGAUGUGCUGGAUGAUUUUGGAUACACAGAGAUAAAACUAUAUUUGUGGGCGCUUGCGCUCGUCGGUUUAAUGUUGGCUUUCCGAUUUGGUUUCUAUUUGGUUCUUCGUAUGAAGCGAGCUCAUAACUAA